UCUAACUAUUUCAGUCCUAACACGGGGAUUAGAAUUCCAGAGCACGGAGAGGAACAAUACAGACAGCAAGGAGUCCUGAGCUCCCUGGAGUUGGAUUGCACACUGCAGGACAAGUGGACCUGGCAGUGAACAAAGAAGCUCUGAAGUUGUCCCAAGAAUAUACCUUUGUGUUGCACCAACCAAUCCUCAAAUCUUUCGGCAAAAUGGAGCGAUCAACUCAGGAGCUUUUCCUCAACUUCAUGAUUGUCCUGAUCACUGUCCUGCUCAUGUGGGUUCUUGUGAAGUCUUACCAAGGUUAAUAGACUACUAUGAAGUAACGCAACGACCGUUGUUUGUACUUAACUAUGUGAAAUUCCACGAGGGUUUACGGAACACCCAUACAACAAUGAUAUUGUCUGCUCUCUGCGACCAAGGUCCUAGUUUUCACCGCCACCCAAUUAUGCCAAUACCACCAGUACACAUGUACCUGUCCCUGAGCCUGGAAGCCAUAUUGCGCAGGCCAACCUUCCCAGCCCAAGAAUGAGAACGCGUUACACUAAGAUUGAUUAGCUGACCAGGAUAAGGACAUGAGGGAGUGGAAUUUAAACACAGAAGAUAUGUUUAGUCUGGUGGAGGAAGCUGAGAGAAAAAUGUCAAACUUCUGUCUUUAGAAAUGAGAACUGGGAAUGUUUUGAUUAUAAGUACAGCGGAACAUUUCAGUCCCAUCUUUCCAUCACAAUAAAGUCUUUUCCACCAAAAGUUGA